AUGCAGCCGAACAUGAACCGACUACAUGAUAAUCGCCUGUUCAUUAUGCAUACUUUGAGUUCCUUAUUUGUUGUCACAUUCUCAUUAUGGCUUGUAUGCCUCCUACUUACCGCUGGAGAUGUCCACAGGAAUCCAGGUCCAGAAUCAACUUCUUCUUCUGUAUCAUCUCAGUCAAAUACAUCACCGUAUGCACAAGCGAUAUCAAACCAUCUUUCUUUCAUACAUUUAAACGUUCAGAGUAUACAACACAAACUCGAUAUCUUAUACGCAGAACUUUCUGAAUUUGAUAUCUUAGCCUUUUCUGAGACAUGGUUAAAUCGCUCAAUUACUUCUGAAGACUUAGUGCUGCACUCAUAUCAUAAACCUGAACGAAAAGAUCGUGAUGGUGAUUCUCAUGGAGGAGUUAUUUUGUAUGUUAGAGAGAAUAUACAUUACCUGCGUAGAUCAGACCUUGAGAUCAAUCGUCUCGAAUGUCUAUGGGUGGAAAUAGUUCUUUGUAAUAAUAAACAUAUACUAUUUGGAGUCUUCUACCGACCUCCUAGUUCUGACACCAUAUACAAUAACCUGAUUGAAGAUUCUAUUGGUCUUGCAGUUGACACAAACAUCUCGGAUAUAAUAAUCACUGGAGAUUUCAACUACAAUGCUCUAUGUCCAACUCCACACAGAAACAUUCUUUCCAUCACGCAACAAUUUAAUCUCGAACAGCUUAUUGAAGAACCAACCCAUUUCACUGAACACUCGAUAUCCAUUCUAGACCUUAUUUUCGUGACAAACAGAAAUAACAUUCUUCUUUCAGGUGUUGGGGAACACUUUCUUGAACAAGACCAACGGUACCACGUUCCAAUCUUCGGGCUUCUCAAAUUUAAUAAACUGAAACAAAAAUGCUUUGACAGACUGAUAUGGGAAUAUGAUCGGGGUGACUACGAUAGCCUAAGAGCAGAAAUCGACAAUUUCAAUUGGAAUAUCUGUAUCGAUCCAGAUAUCAAUAUAUACGCCUCCAAUAUAACCAAUCAAAUCACAGUCAUUUCAAAACAUAACAUUCCUAAUAAAAAUGUCACAAUUAGACCCUCAGACGUCCCUUGGAUGAACAAUAAUAUAAGGAAGAACAUACGAAAGCGUAAGCGUAUCUACAGAAAAGCUAAGAGAACAAACUCACCUCAUCACUGGCAAAAAUUUCGACAAGUCCGAAAUGAACCUGUUUUGCUCAUCCGGGAAGCCAAAUCACAAUACUUCAUCAAACUUUCAGACAAACUUAAAAACGGAUCAUUCUCUUCAAAAGAUUGGUGGACUACCUUAAAAUCCUUCAUCUCUAGAACGAACAACAAUGUUAUUCCUCCACUAUAUAACUCCAACACUCGACAAACUACGUCUUCUGAUUUUGAAAAAGCUAACCUUUUAAAUGAUUACUUCCAAGAGCAGACAUACAUUGAUGACGAAAAUAUAGAGAUACCUAAUCCUGGUCUAACGAAUUCUACCACUAUUUUAAAUGAAAUUCAUCUUUCUCCGGCAGAAACUGAAGAUGUCUUGAAAUCUCUACCAGUUCACAAGGCCGCAGGUCCUGAUGGUAUAAGUAACAGAAUUCUACUUGAGGCUUCUCAUGAACUAUCUUUUCCUCUUUGUGACCUUUUCAAUGCUUCACUUCAAUCUUCUACUGUUCCAGUCACAUGGAAAGAAGCCCAUGUUAGCGCAGUCUUCAAGAAAGAUGAUGCCACUCUUCCUAAUAACUAUCAUCCAAUAUCACUCUUAAACACUAUUGAAAAAGUUCUUGAACGUCUUAUUUUCAAGCAUGUUUAUAACCAUCUUCAUGAUUCUCGCUUUCUAACUCCUGUACAGUCUGGUUUCAUUCCGGGCGACUCCACAGUUAAUCAACUUGUUUUCAUAUACGAUACUCCCUGUAAGGCUCUGGAUAACGGUCUAGAGAUUUAUAGAAAGACAGAAAGAUGGACACAGUAA